AUGCAUUUCCUCUCGUUUUGUUUGUCGGCGGCCUCCCUACUGUCUUCCGUGGGAGCUGCGUCGACCUUUUCCCCUGCAAGGCCACCCGCCCUGCCCUUGGCUGUCAAGUCGCCGUACUUGAGCACAUGGCUGUCUGCGGGCACGGACGGCGGUAAUGGAGGAUACCUGGCCGGCCAAUGGCCUACGUUCUGGUUCGGCCAAGUAAAUGGCUGGGCGGGUCAGAUCCGGGUCGAUAAUUCGACCUACACAUGGAUGGGGGCUAUCCCUAACACUCCCACGGUGAACCAGACUGCCUUCGAGUACACCUCAACUUCGAGUGUGUUCACGAUGCGUGUGGGAGAUCUGGUGGAGAUGAAAGUGAAAUUCCUCUCCCCCAUCACACCAGAUGAUCUCCGGAGACAGUCGCUUGUGUUCUCCUAUCUGGACGUAGAUGUCGAAUCGAUCGACGGCAAAGCGCAUGACAUACAGGUGUACGCAGACAUUUCAGCAGAGUGGGUGUCCGGGGACCGAAACGCCAUUGCGCAGUGGGACUAUGGUGUCACCGAUGAUGGCAUCGCCUAUCACAAGGUUUACCGCCAAACGCAGCUGCUUUUCUCUGAGAACACCGAGCAAGCAGAAUGGGGCGAGUGGUACUGGGCAACAGACGACGGAGAUGGUCUGACCUACCAGUCCGGACCGGAUGUUGAUGUGCGAGGGGCAUUCGCAACGAACGGACAGUUGGCCAACUCUGAUGAUAAAAACUACCGUGCAAUUUCGACCAAUUGGCCCGUAUUUGGCUUUUCGCGUGACCUUGGCUCGGUGAAGACGUCUGCAGGCACGUUAUUUUCCAUUGGGCUUGCGCAGGACAGUGCCAUCCAGUACAGUGGUAAACCUGAAGGAACCACCGUGAUGCCUUCACUCUGGAAGAGCUACUUCAGCACUGCGACUGCUGCGUUGGACUUCUUCCAUCAUGAUUAUGCUGCGGCGGCUGCACUAUCGAAGGAUCUCGAUGACCGAGUAUCCAAGGAUUCCAUUGCUGCCGCUGGCCAGGACUACCUGACGAUCACCUCACUUACGGUCCGUCAGGUCUUUGCUGCAGUGCAAUUGUGUGGGACGCCCGAGGACCCCUAUAUCUUCAUGAAGGAGAUCUCCUCCAAUGGCAACAUGAACACGGUGGACGUCAUCUUUCCCGCUCACCCGAUCUUUUUGUACACAAAUCCCGAGCUUCUCAAACUGCUUCUGAAGCCGAUCUAUGAGAUUCAAGAAAACGGGAAGUAUCCCCACACAUACGCUAUGCACGAUAUUGGAACCCACUACCCGAAUGCCACCGGCCACCCCAACGGCAACGAUGAGAAAAUGCCACUCGAGGAGUGUGGAAAUAUGGUUAUCAUGGCCCUUGCCUACGCCCAGAAGGCUAAGGACAACGACUAUCUCUCACAGCACUAUCCCAUCCUGAAAAAGUGGACGACAUACCUCGUGGAGGAUGCUAUUUACCCCGCGGACCAGAUCUCUACGGAUGACUUUGCUGGCUCUUUAGCGAACCAGACCAACCUAGCAUUGAAGGGAAUUAUUGGAAUCCAGGCAAUGGCCGUGAUCAGCAAUACGACUGGACACCCAGAUGAUGCAUCUAACCACUCCAGCAUUGCCACGGACUACAUCACGAGGUGGCAGACAUUAGGCGUGGCUCACAAUGCCAAUCCUCCGCACACAACGCUGUCGUACGGAGCUAACGAGACUCAUGGGCUUCUGUACAAUCUGUACGCUGAUCGUGAACUGGGCUUGAGCUUGGUUCCUCAGUCAGUCUAUGACAUGCAAAACACCUUCUAUCCGACUGUGAAGGAGAAGUACGGAGUACCGCUUGAUACUCGGCAUGUAUACACGAAGGCGGAUUGGGAGUUGUUCACAGCCGCGGUUGCGCCGGAGAGCGUCCGAGACAUGUUCCAUAAGGCGCUUGCAGCCUGGAUCAACGAGACCCCGACCAACCGUGCCUUUACGGAUCUUUAUGAUACCCAAACUGGAAAUUAUCCGGCGGGUAUUACGUUCAUUGCGCGACCCGUCAUGGGUGGCGCCUUUGCAUUGUUACUUCUCAACUAG